GAAUCGACUCGCAAACACAAACCGAAAGCGUUUCUUUUAGUAUUUAAUUUACAGACAGGAUUUGAACAAACACUUUAAUACACCUUUAAUGCGUUACAAACUGUUUUGUUUAUGGCUCUACGUGUGUUUAUGGGAAUAUUUCGACUCCAAACAAGGAACUUUAUUUGACUUUUUUUAUCCGAUACCCCGCCUGUUUACAUACACAAAUAAGCGAAUCGACACACGGGAGUUCGAUUCAUUUAGGAGUCGUUUGCUUGGGCAGUAAACUUGUAGCCUUGUUUAUCAUGUGAGGUUGUUUUAUGUCAUCAGGUCGUGUUAAAAAGUGAGGUUGCGGUUGAGGUUCUAAUGGCGGCUCCGGUGUAUCUUGUUGACGGCUCUCCGAUGAGAGAUCCGCUCUUUACAGCUGUGAUCAGCGAAAGGAUGCGGGUUCCGGAUCGGCUCAGGUUCACUCAGGCGGCGACGGAGGAUCAGAAAGCAAGGGCUGAAGAUGUGCCUCCUGCUUUCAGCAUGCACAUCCCUGACAGACUGGCGUUAACAGAUGUUCCUGACCUGAGUCCACGACCCCUUUUCUCACAACACAUCGCCAGAGGUUACGCGUCUUCCCUGUGGAACCUGCAGCACGGACCCUGGGACAGGGAAGCUUACACACGCGAGCAUGUCCAGGGUCUACGGAGAUCAUGCAGUGACCAGACCUUUGGUAGGAGCCCAUCCGGGACGCCAGCACACUCCAAACACUCUCCAUCAGCUGCUAGAACGACGCCGGCUGUACCCUCAGACUCGCCCCUGCCUGCACCCCAGGGGCUCGGUGUUGUCGGCCCCGUCCUGCUGACACCUCAGAGCGUUCUGCAGGCUGCCAGGAAGCUGGGCAAGCAGGCCUCGCACAAAAUCCUCCAGACUGUCACUCAGAAAUACUCCUCCAGGUUUGGUUUCCCAGAAAACCCUCCACCUCAACCAGUCGAGGAUCACGCUGAUCAGGCCGGGAAAAGUAGCACAACAUCAGAGCUCUGGCGCAGUCCUGAGGAGGAAAGCGGAACUACAGUCGAGUUAAUAGUGCUUCGUCGGCAGAUGAUGAAGAUGAACAGGCGGAUCGCGUGUCUGGAGAAACAGAACGCCGAGCGCAAGCAGAGCGAAGUGGUGCUCUUCUCCCUGCUUCUUUCCGCCUGUCUGAUCAACGGCUGGCUCUGGAUGCGCAAAUAAACUCACAAUAAAUCUUCUUCUGGGAGAUCUCUUGAGUUCUCCCAGGUCCUCUAUACACUGCUAUAGACCUUCUACUUAGCCAUGCACUUCAUACAGGAGCUCACUGUGACCUGAGGUAGGUUCGAAUCAGGAGCUCUGCGUAUGCACGAGCGUAGAGUGAGAGAUCGGCGUAUUCGAGGAAGAUCACAGGAGUUCCUACAGCACUGUGAUGAGCGUGUAGUUCAGAGGGUUUCUCAUGUUUUAACACUACACUUAUAUGGACAAAAGUUUGAGGACACCUGAGAUUUGUUUUUGUUAUUUUAGAACAUCUCAUUCCACAUUUAGUCCCCAUUUUCUUCUAUAAUACCCUCCACUCUACUGGAAAGAUGUUCCACUAGGUUUUGGAGUGUGCAUGUAGAGAUGUGAGCUCAUGCAGUCAGUUAGUAAAGUCAGGUUCUGAUGAGGGUGAGGUGAGGAGGCCUGGGGUGCAGUCAGCAUCACAUUCAUCAUGUUCAACAGGGUCGGAGCUCUCCAGCAGGAGAUCUUCCACUCUAACCCAUGUAAAGCAGAUCUUCAUGGAGCUGGAUUCGUGCACAGGGACGUCCUCAUGCUGGAACACGUCUGGGUCUAUUAGUUCAAGAGAAGGUGAAACGUUUGUGUGCCUCCAAGUUUGUGGUAACAGUUUAAAGAAGCAGCAGAUACAACUGGAAAAGUCAGGUGUCGAAAUACUUUUGUCCAUAUUGUGUAUCAACACUGAAUAUAUCGAGUGCUUUAGUUUACAGUAUCGUUUGGAGAUUCUGGAUGCUGAUCUUCAGGGAUGUUUUGGUGUCAUUUUGUUUGUCACUGCACAAGAAAAAUAAAUUACUUUGAUUAUUAA